AUGCAGAUCAAGUAUCAGUUCACUUCGGUAGAGCACCUACAAGCAAAUGGACAAACCGAGGCAGCAAAUAAAGUUAUACUGGCAGGUUUAAUGAAAAUGUUAGAAGAGGCAAAGGGAGCAUGGACUGAGAAACUCCCUCAAGUAUUAUGGGCAUAUCGGAUUACACCUCAGUCUACGACAGGAGAAACACCUUUCCGACUUGCUUAUGGCAUAGAAGUCAUGAUACCAGUUGAAAUCAAUGAGCAAAGUCCAAUGGUGAACUUCUACGGCGAGGUCGAUAACGUACAGGGGCACAAAGAAGAACUCGAGUUACUUCCCGAAGUCCGAGAACAAGCCCAAAUAAGAGAAGCAGCGCUGAAGCAAAGGAUGACAAACAGAUACAAUAAGAAAGUCAUUCGAAAAAGCUUCACAGCAGACGACUUGGUUUUGAUCAGAAAUGAUAUUGGCAUCAACUAG